CAGGAAUGUGUAGAGCUGGGAAAAAAAAGUAUGCGGAUAGAGACAGCAACAGGGGGAGGGCGAAGUGUUUCAGCCCUCAAUCUUCCGCUAAUUUUCCUAUCUAACAGCGAGCAGUGUUCACACACUCCUCCUCCUCCUCCGCCUCUUCGGAAUCCUUUCCCUCGAGCCCCGCCUCGGGCCGGCAGCACACCUGGACCACCGAGCGGCAGCAGGUAAAGCUGAGAAAGACCUCGUUGUCAGUUACGGCGUGAAGAAGACAACGACUGCGCGGAGGAGGUGGCCGUCGUGUUUGGAGGCUCUGUGACUCUGAGAAACACACAGGCAACAUGGGUGAAGCCCCAGUCAGAGAAGAUGGUACAGUGACGCGAUCAGCAGAGUAUGUGGGCUCAUUUCCUGUGGAUGACCACUGUUUGGAUGACCAGAUAGAGCAGCUGCACGCUCAGCUGAAAUCCCUUAAAACAUGCAGAAGGAGGAGGCCUGUAUCCAUAAAAUUCUCCAUCAGAGGAGUGAAAAUGUAUGAUGAAGAUGAAACGACACUCCUGAUGGCUCAUGCUCUGCAUAGAGUGUCCCUGUCCACCGCCCGACCCAUCGAUGCCCAGUUUGCUUUCGUCUCCCACAACCCAGGCAGCUCUGACACCCAGCUGUACUGCCAUGUCUUCCAAGCUAGGCAUGCCCGAGCAGCACAGUUCCUGAACCUACUGCUUUGCCGCUGUUUCCAGCUGUCUUAUUUAGAAAAGCACCCAGAGGAGGCCCAAGAAGACUCUGUUGGCUCGAUGCCUCGUCGCAACCCCUCCCUGCUCAACCAUGGCUUCCCUCUCAGUGUCAGUGCCCUGGUGUCCUUCAGAAGAGCUCCUUUCCGAGGGCUGUUGCUGGGAACUAAGAAGAAGAAUCAAAAGUCUUCAGAUGACCAGCACAGCAGCCAAGAUGAAGUCUUCCCCACCUCCUCCCCCUCCCUGAUGCGCAAGAAAGCCAUCCGCACUAAAGUACUGCGCUCUGGGGCUUACCGCUCCUUCACUUUCACGCCGCUCAAACAGCGUAGCGUUCAGGAGCAACUGAAUGCUUCACAAGAAAAGGACCGAGACAAGACACCGGCGAAGCGAUCUCGCGCUCCGAGCUUGGCCGAAAGCGAAGAAGCAUUGGCUCAAGCAGUGUGGUGUUGGGCUGGUAUCGCAACUGACAGCAGCUAUUCCCUACUUGCAGAUGAUGUUCUGGGAUCAUAUCUUCUGUGUCCACAUCCUAAAAAACCCAACUGUGGCUCUCUCAUCAUUCGCUUACACUCUGGGUUAGUCACCCAUCUCAUUGAAAACACUCGUAAAGGGAAAUUCCUGCUGGAGAAACACAAGACUGAAUUCAGUUCCAUAGCAGAACUGAUUGAUCACUACACAAACACUCAGGAUGAGCUGCCGUAUUUGCUGAGCUGUGCCCGAGUAAACCACUGUUAUGAGUGGGAGGAAAGUACUUGCAAGCAGCAGGCUGUAAAGCCACAGGAGAGCCUGACCAAAGCCAAAAUUAAAAGUACCCACAGAAAGGAAUGGGUUUGAACCCUGGACACUGGAACUUGUGGAUUGCCAACCUGAGAGGAUCCUAAAUAAGUGACACCAUUUUUUUUCUUUUGCACAUAUUCUCUCUUUUAAAUCACACUUGGUGUUGUGGAAAGGCUUCACAAACUGUAUAACACAAUGCACCUCUUAAUAGCGAUGGCACUUGAUGUAUAUAGUAUGCAAGUCAUUUCAGCUGAGGGUACUUAUUUGUCAGAAGUGUAAUGUCUUUUGCGUGCUGCUUUUAUGUUUUUCAACAUGGUUUUUAAAGUCUAUUUUUAUUUGUGCUGAUAAGGCAUCAGUCGAGUUUAUACGUGUUUUUAAGACAUGAGACUAACAACCUGAAUGUGUGGAGUCAAAGUUAUGCAGAUUGUUGCACCUGAUGGCAAAGCCACUCUCCUUUUUUUCAUGCAUUGUUAAGAUGUUGCACAAAUAUAUUUGAUCAAAUUUUAGUAUUUCAUUGUGUUUCAGUCUGACUUGCACGUUACUCUUUGUGUGUUUGGACAUUAGACCUGGAUCUUUCCCUCCUCGGUGUAUUAUUUUGCUUAUAGAGAAAAAAGGUUGGCAGUUUUUAAGUUUGUAUGCAGUCAGAUUAAUGGUUUGUUCUGCUGUUAAUUUUAACAAGUAAUGUGUGCAGUUUUUUUUAUUUUAACAGUGAUAUGAAAUUCAAUCUGCCUUUGGAUUUUGGAUCCCCUCCCUCGCCUCGAAAAGCACUUUGUGCGUAUUCACCCAAGAAACUAAUUUCAGUCUUGUUACAUUACAACCUUGUUCACCUCUGUUUGACAAAUUAUGGGUUUCUAAAUUUUCAUUUAUUAGAUACACCUAGCUAAAACUUAUGAAGUGUAAUACAAUAAUCUGGCAGUAAAUCCUACCUUCAUGGGGUUUGUCAUGUUCACCUUUUGUUAAAACUGUUUUACAGAGAUCACGCUGUUGUAUUACAGAGAGGUAUUUCUGUUAUUUAGCCUACCCUGAUUGAUAUGCAGGUGGACAAAAUAAAAUAUAAUCUAACAUAACUCAGUACCGCAAACUGUGCCUUCCCAAAAUGACCAUUCACAAACUUAAUGAAUGUAGGAUUUAUUGCAGGACUGUGAUUAGUUUUUGCCAUCUGUGUGUAAUUAACUGUGUGUAUUUGUUAAAUACAUUUUAAAAGUCAUUAGAUUGGUUUUGAAUAUAUUCUGAUUUCCUGCACAGCAA